UAAAUUAGCUGUUGAAGUGGUUACAAAAUUAUGCGAAUCGUUUUUGUUUUUGGUCCACCUCGUUUAAUUCACAGUGAUAUUGGACGAGAAUUUGUUUUGAGUGUUAUCAUGGAAUUAAAGACUGUAUUUCCAGAUUUAAUUUUUUAUUCGAGGAAGACCGAGGCAUCCACAAAGCCGAGGGUGCAUCGAAAGGGUAGAUGAAGUUUUGUGCGAUGCUCUCGACAAAUGAAUGUGUACCAAUAAUUCAUUCAGUUGGUCUAGUGCUUUAUUACCUAUUGUAUAUGAUAUAAACACAAGACGGUCCACAAUUACCAAAACAAGUUCAUAUGAAAUCAUGCUCGAAUAAAGACUACAAUCAGAUUCAGAUUUCUGGAAGCUGGUUCAGCUAGCUGGCAUCGAAGAUAAAGAAAAUCUUCCCGCUUCAGUGGACGAAUCAAAUGACAAUUCAAUUGAUGGUACAUUUGAUAAUCCAAUUAAUUUCGAUGAACGUAUUGAUACCGAAGUAGUUGAUCUUCUUAAACAAUUAUCUGAUGAUGUUGACUCUUAUGCAUUAAUUAAUUCAUCAUCACAAUUAAUUAAUACACGAUCGGCAUCAAAAUCAUCAUCAGCGAUAGCAACAACACCAACCAGGCAUGAUACAAUUCGAAGAAUUGCUACUCAUCAUUACCUGUCAAGUGCUAGUAGGAAAAUUAAAUUAAAUUAA